AUGUACGGCAUUUUACUAGUAGUAGCAUUAGUUAUUAUUAUCGCACUAGUUGUCGGUAUACACCAAAAGAACACGAACGCAGUAUGCCUCUCCAGAAGAAGAUUAGAAGGAAAAACUAUUAUAGUCACAGGUGGAACCGCAGGAAUGGGCCUUGAGAUGGCCGUAGAUUUCGCCAACCGUGGGGCCAGGGUCAUCAUAGCGUGUCCUUUUGAAGAUGAGGGUAAAAAUGCAAGGAACCUCAUCAUACAACAAACAGAAAAUCAAAAUAUUAUAUUCAAAUUACUAAACCUUGCAUCCUUGAAGUCUGUGCGACAGUUUGCCGCGGAUAUCCUGAGAACUGAAGGUCGAUUGGACGUUUUAAUAAACAACGCUGGAGUGGGAGCACCCAGGGACAAGUUGACUCAAGAUGGACUGAACUUCAUCAUGCAAGUCAAUUACUACGGAGCCUUUUUAUUGACACUUUUACUUCUCCCUCUGCUCAUAAAGACAGGAAAGCCUGGUGAACGGAGUAGGAUACUAUUGACAACGUCAGUACUACAUAGAAUUGGACAAAUGGAUUUUGAUAAUAUGAACAAGACUGACUACUGGUACAAGAUACAGAUAUAUGGUAAUAGCAAACUGUGCCUUAUACCUUUUGCUUCUGAACUGUCGAAAAGGUUAGAAGGCACCAAUGUUGUUGUGAAUAAUGUGGAUCCUGGAGCUGUCGGUACGAGAAUAUUUGAUUCUGGAAGCAAAGUAUUAGGAUUUUUCCUAAGAAAUAUUAUAAUAAAUUUAUUCAAAACUCCGUGGCAAGGAGCUCAAACAGCGUUGUAUGCUGCUCUAGAUAAGAAAGCUGGUGAAGUGAGUGCAGCGUACUUUCGCAACUGCGGCCUAGCUAGGGCCGUGAACAGGGCGUAUUGUGAAAAAACUGCAAAAAUCCUGUGGGAAGAAUCUGUGAGAUUAGUGCAAUUAACGAACGAAGAAGUGGAACAGUGUUUUAAGUCACUAUAA